ACGUACGGCGCGCAGGACCACGCAUGCGCGGGACGCAGUGGCUAGUGAAACCGGGUGCUACGCUGACAGGGCCGCAGCCAUCCUCGACCUAAAGUAGCGGCUUCCAGUCAGGUUUGCGGCCUCCCCUCGGGCGCCCUUCCGUCCCAUCCUUUUCCUCUGCUGCUCCUGCCACUGUCGCUAACAGCAACAUGUUCCUCACUCGCUCCGAGUACGACAGGGGUGUGAACACUUUUUCUCCAGAGGGAAGAUUAUUCCAGGUGGAAUAUGCCAUUGAAGCUAUCAAGCUUGGUUCGACAGCAAUUGGAAUUCAGACAUCAGAAGGGGUUUGCCUGGCUGUGGAGAAGAGGAUCACAUCCCCGCUUAUGGAACCCAGCAGCAUUGAGAAAAUUGUCGAAAUAGAUUCUCACAUAGGCUGUGCAAUGAGUGGUUUAAUAGCUGAUGCAAAGACAUUAAUUGACAAAGCAAGAGUUGAGACUCAGAAUCACUGGUUUACGUACAAUGAAAUCAUGACUGUAGAGAGUGUGACACAGGCAGUGUCCAACUUAGCAUUACAGUUUGGAGAAGAAGAUGCUGAUCCGGGUGCAAUGUCAAGGCCGUUUGGUGUGGCACUGCUCUUUGGAGGAGUCGAUGAAAAAGGACCACAGUUGUUUCACAUGGACCCUUCUGGAACAUUUGUACAGUGUGACGCGAGAGCAAUUGGAUCAGCAUCAGAAGGUGCACAAAGCUCCCUGCAAGAAGUUUAUCACAAGUCAAUGACACUGAAAGAAGCAAUCAAGUCAUCCCUUGUCAUUCUGAAACAAGUUAUGGAAGAAAAACUGAAUGCAACUAACAUUGAGCUUGCAACAGUGCAGCCUGGAAUGAAGUUCCAUAUGUACACGAAAGAGGAACUUGAAGAUGUCAUCAAAGAUAUUUGAUGAGGGAGAGAACCUCUCCGACUGCCUCAUUCCCUGAUCACAGCAAACUGAAUUUUCAGUUUCUUUCCAGUGCCCGUAACUUUAUUUCAGCAGCACGUAUGCCUGCUCUUAAACAAAGGCUCAAAGAUUUUUUUACAGUUUCUGUACAUAAAAAGAUCUUCAAUAAGAUGAAGCUAGAAUAAAUCAUUUUGUUACUCUUA